AAUUUUUGUUACUUUAUUUAUUCACCUUUUGUAACAUCACGAAAAGACAGUUCCAGAAAAGUGUUCAUUAGUGUAUAUAAAACGACAGCCCUGACAUCAUUAUACAGUUCGUCUAUAGAUUCUGGAUGAUAAAGCUGUUUGAAUUGGACUUCCUAUAAAAACUGUCAGUGUUCUUUAUACAGAAAAGUUGGAAUAAGUUUUGACGACUCCAACAGUCAAAAUGUCAAUGUUACCUAGAUCGGUGCCUAUCCGAUAUGAAAGAGACUUUUGGCCGUCGUCUUAUGACCGUCGAAUGCCGAUUUAUCACGACUCUUUCCCCUCAUAUGACUAUAGAUAUUCAACGUCAAUGCAACCAUCUAUGCCUAUGACAACGUACAGAGAUCCGAUUCCAUUCGAAUAUGAGCGACCUUUGCAAGAAACCAGAGUGGUGCCGAGUAGCAGCGUCGACCAUGAAAUGAGGAGAAUGAACGAUGAAAUGAAACGCAUGUGUGAUAGUAUGUCUCGAAGUGUAGCAGUAGCUCCAUCACAGCCACCCGUCUUGCCGUCAGUCGACGAUUGGCGUCUAACAGAAAAUUUUAGGAUGGACAAUCCUAUAACCCAGGAACGUGACGGUUCAAGAAAAUUUUAUCUAGAAUUCGAUGUUGCGCAAUUCAAACCGGAAGAAAUUACGGUCAAAACAACUGGAAAUCAACUGUCCGUUCAUGCUAGGCAUGAAGAUAAAAACGACCCAAACAGAUCAGCUUACCGUGAAUUUGCUAGACAAUAUGUCAUACCAAAAGAAGUAAGGCCAGAGUUUUUGACAUCAAAAUUGAGCGAUAGGGGAAAACUGAUCAUUGAAGCACCACUACCAGCAUUAACAGGAGGCAGAGACAAGCUUAUUCCAAUUGAACAUAGGAAAUUGUCAUACCUUUCAGACACUGUACCUGUUAAAUAUGAACGAGAAACAUACAGAAGUCAAACGACUUCUGAAAGGCGUAUACCAACAUACAGUGAUUACACACCAUAUGACCAUCGGUUGAAUAAAUACGAAAGGGACAUACCAACAAAGUACUCUACCAAACCGUUGACGUAUACUAACACACAUUCUACAUAUAAAAAGGAUAUUCCGUAUUCUAGUUAUUCUCCGGUCUCCAGUUAUACUAGUCGACCUUUGAGCUAUACGCCUGUCUCUAGUGACACGAGUCGACCGCUCAGCUAUAAGCCUGUCUCCAGUUAUACGAGUCGACCGCUCAGCUAUACGCCUGUCUCCAGUUAUACGAGUCGACCAUUCAACGAUACCACUGUCUCCAGUUAUACGAGUCGACCAUUCCACUAUACGCCAGUCUCCAGUUACAAAAGUCGACCAUUCCACUAUACCCCGGUCUCCAGUUAUACGAGCAGACCAAUCACAUACAACAGUACGAAAAAACCUUCUACUUCAGACGAUAACUGGAUCACAUAUGACAAAGAAAUGACUCACGAAAGUGACGAAAUAAGAAAGGAAUGGGAGGAUACCUUCAAGAAAAUAGCACCAAGAGCUGACCAAUGGUCUCUUGCCGAUACUAUCUCAAAACGAAUGGUCCCGGUUACUGAGUCUGAUGACUGGAUUACUGGAGGAGAUAACAAAGCACAUGACUUCAUUGUACAUGACGCAGAUGGAAAACGCAAAUUUUAUGCUGAAUUUGAUCUGUCACAAUUCAAACCAGAGGAAAUCCAGAUAAAAACAAGUGGGAGCUAUCUUACGAUACGUGCAAGACAUCAGGAUAGGGAUCCAAGUAAUUCAUCGAAAAGAGAAUAUUCUCGCGAGAUUCUCCUUCCAGACGAGGUCAGUACGGACUUUAUAACAUCGAAACUAAGUCGAACAGGAAAACUAACACUCGAUGCACCGAUUUUUGGCUCUCAGCGAAAAAACAGAGACGUUUCAAUUCCGGUUGAAUACGGAUAUUAGAAAACGUAUAUUGUAUAUAUUCUGUGUAUUAGUCUAUAUGUUACGAGCAAACUAAGACAUGGGAAGGAAAUUAAUAGUUAAAACAACAGUAAUAUUUCCAGGGAAUUACGUAGUCGAAGGAGAAGUGGUAACAUGACUUUAAUAAUACCCUUUAACAGUGUUUUGCAUAGAUUAUCCAUACCCGAACAGAAGGCAGUUGUAAAUAAUAUCAAUAAUGUGUUGUAUUUAAUAAAAAAAAAGUAUCAAUACGAAAAUAAUUUUGCUGUGGACUACAUGUAGCUGUUGAAAUAAUAUAAUUGUUAACCUACUGAUUUGUAUCACUUAUGUCGUCUGAGUGACAAUAGCCUAACAGACAAAUAUUUCAAUGCAUUAUUCAUAUUUGGAUUGUUAACAUUCAAAUGUUAAACUGAAGUGUAAAUCAAUACAGGAAAAAGAAGGUUUAGUGCAAUUUGAAUCGUUUUUAUGACUCUAAAUAUAAAUUGUAAGUAAAAAUAAAAAUGAACAAAAUUGAGGAAAUAAAAUAAAAAGAACUUGAAACUACUAUUUACUUUGAAAUUGUGUGAUUAUUAUACAAAUACAAUAACUAUGUAUUCAGGGACAACAUUUUUUAUAGAAUAAUUAUUUAUAAAUGUUUUAAAUUC